CCCCAGGCAGCAGCAGCGAUGGCAACGCUCUACCCCUCCCUGGAGGACAUGAAGGGCCAUCAGGUCCUGCAGGCACAGGCAGCUGCCGGGGUGAGGACCCCCCCCACCACUGUGGUCACGGAGAAGCCAAAGCUCACCUCGGGCACCGAGCCACCUGUGCUGUACCCCAACCUGGCCGAGCUGGAGAACUACAUGGGACUCACGCUCUCCAGCGAGGAGAUCCAGAAGAACCUGCACCCGGAGGACAACACCGCCCUGACCCCCGUGGGCCCCACCCCGGGCCAGCUGGUCGCCCCCCUGAGCGGGAACAGCGCGGGGCUGCGGCGGGCAGAGAUCAAGCCGGGCGUGCGGGAGAUCCACCUGUGCAAGGACGAGCGGGGCAAGACGGGGCUGCACCUGAAGAACGUCGACCAGGGCAUCUUCGUGCAGCUGGUGAAGGCCAACUCGCCGGCGGCGCUGGUGGGGCUGCGCUUCGGGGACCAGGUGCUGCAGAUCGACGGCAAGAACUGCGCGGGCUGGAGCAGCGACAAGGCACAGCGGGCACUGAAGAAGGCGAACCCCGAAAAAAUCGUCAUGGUGGUGCGGGACAGGCCUUUCCAGCGCACUGUCACCCUGCACAAGGACAGCACCGGCCACGUCGGCAUCGUGGUGAAGAAGGGGAAGAUCGUGUCGCUGGCCAAGGACAGCUCAGCCGCCCGCAACGGGCUCCUCAUCAACCACUGCAUCUGUGAGGUGAACGGCCAGAACGUCAUCGGCAUGAAGGAUAAGCAGCUCACGGAGGUGCUGGCAGGGGCUGGGAACGUGGUGACGCUGACCAUCAUCCCCACCGUGAUCUACGAGCACAUGGUCAAACGGCUCUCAUCAGGGCUGGUGAAGUCGUCCAUGGACCACUCCAUCCCUGACCUGUGAUGCCAUCAAUGCCUUCCCGGGGACCUGACGCUGGAAGCCUGGAGGAGCUGCUGAGGGGAAACCACAACACUUCAAAAGAAACUUUUCUAAUGUGAAACUCCUCAUUGCUCCAGAGGCUGGUGGCUGCUGGGUGGUUCUUCCUCUCCUCAGAAGGGGUGGGGCAGGUGUCCUGUCCCAGGGUCCCCAUGUCCCCGCUCAGGCCA